UGAAGAGCAGGAAAGGAAAAUAUUGAUAGCUACUGGCCUGCCAUUAAGAUCAGGACGAACUAUACGGCGGCUGAUGGAAGAGGAGCAAAGAGUGGACUUGCCCCAUAAAUAACGUAAAAUGAAUGUAGAUACUUUAAAUAGCAAGUACAAAGUUGUAAGCAAAUACUUUGUGGGUAAGACUGUUAUGGAUGAAAGUCUCUCUGAUUUUAAGGAGAAGAAAAGUUUUAAAAUAAAGAAUAAUAAAGCACCUGCCAAGCCUAAAGCAAAAAAGGUAAAACGAGUCAAAGGCCAGAAGGAUAUACGGACUGUGUUGAAAGCCAAAAAGAAUGAGCUAAUAGCUUACUCUGAAGAUUUUUACUCAGUAUGCAAGAAAUCUGGCAUUGACGUUGAUUCUGAACAGCUUCAGCUAGCUAUAGCUCUGUCCAAAUCGCUACAAACAAAAGAUUCUGUUGAUAGUUCCAGUUCAAGCUCAAAAUAUUUGACAACUCAACAAAGGACAGGACUCAUACGCACAACUCUAAAAGAGUAUGGAUUUAAAGUUCCUGAAAAGCCAACUACAAGUAGGAAAACCAAGAAACGAAGAAAACCAUACAAGUUGCUUUUGACAAGCGAGGAAGAAAAACAACAAAUAAUAUCCGAUAGGUACUCGCAGCUACUUUUUGAGUUAAAUAACUUGAAAAGUACAACUAGUGAUAAAAAUUUAGUUUUACCUAAUUUAUUUAUAUACAACAUGUCUACUAAUAUAGAAUAUGAAAAUAUUAAGGAUGACUCUAUAUUUUAUGUUGAGAAUAUUGUUGAAGAAUCACCAAAUAGUAUGGGAUGCUUGUUAAAAAAUUGGUCUGAUAUACCCGGCCGGCCAUCAAGCCCAGAUGUGAACAAAUCUGAACUAUUGUUUUCGGAAGUAGAAUGCUCUCAGGAAGAGUUAGACAUUGUUCUUAGUGGACAUUUAAAAUAUAGCAAAGAUAUUCUUCGAAAGAAGAACAUGUUGAAAGACAAAAGAAAGAGUAUUGAUAUUUACAAAGUUAAAAGAAAUAUUAGUAAAACAGUAAUAGAGCUUAGUCCAGGAUUUGUAGAAGAUAAUACAGGCAAUCAACCCCCAAUGUUUAUAUCAGGAAGUAGUAGCAAAGAAAUUAAUGACACUGACGAGAAUGAAUCUUCAAUAAAAGUAGGAAAUGGAGAAGAGAAAAAUUUACUAGUGGUAACACAGCCAAGCCGAAGCUUAUCCCCUGAUUUAUUUGAUGAUGAAGAUGAUGCAAUAGUUGAAAUACCUAAUGAAACAGUGACAGAUUCUGAAACUGCAAAUAACUUUACAAAACAAGCCAGUGAAGUCAUGGACUUGACUGAAUGUAUUAAUGCCCAAAAAAAUAUGUGUAACAGUAGCAAUAUGAAAACACAUUCUCAGAUAUCACAACAAAUAGAUGUGACUAAAAGAAAAUCUAAUGAUUUCAUGGAGAUGACAGAAUGUGUAGGAAGUUCUUCCCAACAUUUAAUGCAUAAGAUUGAUGAAGAAAUAGAUUUAACAGGACCUUGUGAAAACAUUGUUACAACAUUAAGGAGUAAUACAUGUGUUGAAAAUCCAGUAGUUGUAGAAUGUGAUAGUGAUUCUUCUAUACUCAUAGCAAAGGAGGAUGAAGAGCAUAUAGAUUUAACUGCAGAAUGUGAAACAGAUAACAAUAGAAAUACAUCAUAUACAGAAAAUGUACAUAUAACAAACUCAAAUGUUUUUUUAGAAGGCCAGACUGAUGAACAUAUUGAUUUAACGGAAAAUUGUGUUGUUGAUGUGGAAAACAAUAAUAAUAGUGUAAAUGCUGAUAAUAUUGAACAUAUGGAUUUAACCCAGUCUUCAAACACAAGUGGUGAUUCAUUGCCCUUUGUUCAAGUUGGUGGUACACAAGUAGUACCAGAAAAAUCUCUGGAUGAUACAAUAAUAUUAAACGAAAAUGAUUAUCUAGAAACAAAAUCACCAGAAGGUAACAAGAAAUUACAUGUUUGUGAUGUUGAACAGCCAAAUCAAGAUCCAAACACUACCAGCCCAGAUCAUGCCAUUGAAAUCAUAUCUCCAAAACACAUACCAUUAGAAACUGAUGAGGCUCAAAUAAUAAACCUUGAUGAAAGUGAAGUACCUGAAGCAAAUGAUGAUAAUGUAGAUUUAACACAAACAUCUGACUCAAAUGAGGCUAACAAUAUUGGUCAAAACAAUAGUCAUCAUAUAAACAACAGUAGUCUCGGAAAAAAAGAUAACAUAUCAGUAGACUAUGAUGAAGCUUUGGAAAACAUGAACUCUUUUCCAUAUUAUGACAAUGAAAAUUAUAAUAAUGAUACAUUAGUGACAGAAGAUCAUUUAGAAAAGAAUAAUGCUAAUGAAGUGCUUUUAAAAAGUAAAGUACCAGAACCCAGUAAUAAUUUAAAUUCUACGUGUAAUAACAUAGAUAACUAUUUUGAUUUUGGUGGCAUUUCAGUAAUAGAUAACCUACCUAGUUUCAAUGAUAAAUCAAGACAUACAAAUAGCUUACCAAAUGGUAGCAUGCGAGACAGUUUACCCAUGGUAGAUGUAAAGGGUACUGGGAAACCCAAAUUUCCAUUAAAACAUGUUAUUGAUCCCAAUUCUGAUCCUAUAAGUCAUAAAAGCUUGAAUGAAAAACCUAUUGAAGCUGGAACACAAACUCCUAAAACUGAAGUUGACAGGCAUGUUAAUGUAGAAACACCUGAGCAAUCGGAAUAUAUAGUAAAGACUGAUAAUGUUACUCCAUUGUUGGAUUAUGCUUCUAUGUCUACACCGGAGAGGAAUAGAGAAUUGGACAAAUAUGGCCUGAAGCCAUUUAAACGGAAAAGAGCUAUACAACUUUUAAUGCAUUUGUACAACCAAACCCACCCAUAUGUUGAAUCGGCCGAGGAAUUGCCAUCACCAUCAAAAAAACGAAGAACAGAUAACUUAAGCGAGCCUUCAGCUUCUAAAUCUUCCAGUAGUACAUCUAUAUCACCACGAAAAACUACAAAAUCACCAAGAAAAUGUCCUAAAUCACCAAAUAAAGCUACUAAAUCGCCAAGAAAAGCUUCAAGAUCACCAAGAACAAGUGAAGAGGGAAAUUUGAAUGAUUCAGAUAAAGAGAAUGACUUGUUUAUGGUGACAAGAGAAGUGCCUGUCAUUAGAAUUGUAGAGUGUGAUGCGGAUGACUGGGUCUUCCAGAAACGAGAGAAGGCUAAGCUCCACACCUGCCGGGUGCCUUUACACAUAGCAUUCCACAACUACGUGUCGUGUCGCCUGCGAUUGCACGAAGCCAUCCUCCGCUAUGAGCCCGUCAAUAUUGACGUCAUACACAAGGAACUGGCUGCCAGUGGGCACCGGUAUGACCCCAAGGAUCUUCUAAAAUUCCUGGACAAGAGAUGCAUUACAGUGAAAACUGCUGAUAAUACCAAAAACAAUAAGAGGUACUAGUGAUUCCAAUAAUUUAUAGACAAUCGUGUGUUUUGAACUUUGCUGAAAGGUAAUAAGGU